CGACCGCCGUUGUUACUUGGCCGGACAAAGCGGGGGCGUUUUGCGGCGAGCCCUACCCGUACUGGGCGUACUUCAUGGACUUCGACGAGGUCUUUAUCCCUUUCAAAUUCGAGGGGUACUCGGGAAAGCUGUUUGCAAGGACUGUCGGGAAUGGCAAGGACCAAAAAAAGGCACAGCACAACCCCGUCGUCAUCAUCCCGGGGGGGCCAGGAUUGCCCCACGACUACCUCGAGACGCUGGAGGGGGCGGCGAUGGAGGACCGGGUGGUGCUGUUAUUCGACCCCGUGGGCACGGGCAACUCGUCGGCCCUUCCGUCCGUCGACGCCGCGGCGGACUCGCCCAACCUUCUCGGCACCGCGUCCCUCGUCGCGCAGACCCGUGCCGUCGUGGACUACUUCAAGGUAAACGCGUUCCAUGUGCUAGGACACGGCACCAGCGCAGAGGCCGCCCUAGAGCUCGGCAGGAGCUUGGGCAAGGCCUCCCCCCGCCCCCCGGGGCCUGAGCCAGAAGCGGUGCUGUCGGUGAUCCUGGCCAGCCCGGUGUUGGGCGAAAACGAGCUGUCGCCUGACUUCCUAGAAGCUCUCAGGACUCCUUACAUCAAGGAUGGGAACGAGCCUCCUCUGUGUCUUGAAACCGCGAUGGCCGGCCGGAGCUCGGACGGGUUCGCGGGGGGGCUCGCUGCGAUGAAGCAAGACAGGAGGUCGAAGGGCUCAGCGGCAGCAGCAGGGGCGGGGCCGCUGGCGUGCCCCGUGCUCAUCACCUACGGGAAGGGUUGUCGGGAGGGAACCCCCCCCUCCAGUCUUGGCGCUUCCAAAAAAGCGGCCCCCUGGGGCCUCUGGACGAAAGAGAGGAGUACGUCUCGCUGGUGA